AUGGCAACUCUGUCCCUCAAAGAGAUCCCCUCCGAAGACGCUUUCAACCAACACAUAUCCUCUGCCCCCUCUUCGCACUUGAACGUAAUCUACUUCCACACUCCCUGGGCGGCACCCUGCGCACAGACAAACACCAUUUUGUCCGCACUCGCCUCGACCUACCCUGCCUCCCGCAGCUCCGAUCUUUCCUUCCUCUCCAUCAACGCCGAAGAACUGCCCGACGUCUCUGAACUAUUCGACGUGACCGCGGUGCCCUACCUGGUCAUUCAGCGAGAUGGCAAGACGCUGGAGACGGUGAGUGGGAGUGACGCCGGCAAACUGAGAGGUGCGGUAGAGAAACACGCUGGGACUGGCUCUGCUGCGGCGAACGCCAAUGUCAAUGGUAAUGGCAGUGCGCAUGUGCCGCCUCCGCUGAAGGCGGAGCCGCAGAGCCAAGCACAUACAAAUGGAAACUCACAGCAGCCGACCUCGACAAAGGACCUGAGCUCCUAUGCGCCCAAGCCCUCGGAUCCCCAGACCGCGCCGGAUUAUUCGUCAGGCUUGGAGGCGAGAGAGGAGUUGAAUGAUCGAUUGGCAAAGCUGGUCAAAGCUGCGCCGGUCAUGCUCUUCAUGAAGGGAACCCCCAGUGCGCCGCAGUGCGGGUUUAGCAGACAGCUCGUCAGCAUUCUGCGCGAGAACCAAGUGAAAUACGGCUUUUUCAACAUCCUCGCCGACAACGACGUGCGCGAGGGCCUCAAGGUGUUCUCCGACUGGCCCACCUUCCCGCAACUAUAUACGAACGGAGAACUUGUUGGUGGGCUCGAUAUUGUCCGUGAGGAGCUAGAAGCCGACCCGGACUUCUUCCAGCCUUUCAGGGCGACAGCCACCGCCUGA